UACGUUUUCACUCUUUGUACCUGCCUCUUAUUGAAAGGUCAUUUUGUUAUUCAUAUUGAAUAAAAUCUAGAUAAAUAUAAAAUGGCAAAAGAGGAUGAAGAAGACACAUUGCCCGAUAAGGAUGCAGCAAAAGGAUUUUACGCAAGAUACGAGCCGAAAGAAAUAUUGGGAAGAGGAAUCAGCUCAGUUGUACGUCGUUGCAUUGAUAAAGAAACAGGCAAGGAGUAUGCUGCUAAAAUUAUUGAUUUGGGAAUAGCUGAAGGAUCUGAUUCAAAUCAAAUGCUAGAGUCAACAAGACAAGAAAUCAAUAUACUUCGGGAGGUAAAAGGACAUCCAUACAUAAUUGAGCUUCAAGAUGUAUUUGAAUCAGAUGCAUUUAUGUUUCUGGUAUUUGAACUUUGCCGUCAUGGAGAACUAUUUGACUACUUGACGUCUGUCGUAACAUUGUCUGAGAAAAAAACUCGUUACAUAAUGAGACAAGUGUUUGAAGGAGUGGACUACAUCCAUUCAUGUAAUAUUGUUCAUCGCGAUUUGAAACCGGAAAACAUUUUGCUAGACGACAGUUUAAAUGUUAAAAUCACAGAUUUUGGCUUUGCUCGACAUCUCCAUGAUAAGGAGAGACUCUUUGAUCUAUGUGGGACACCGGGUUAUCUAGCUCCUGAAACAUUAAAAUGUAGUAUGUUCGAUGAUGCACCCGGGUAUUCAAAAGAAAUCGACAUAUGGGCCUGUGGGGUUAUAAUGUUCACUUUGUUAGUUGGAUGUCCACCUUUUUGGCAUAGAAAGCAAAUGAUUAUGCUACGAAAUAUUAUGGAAGGAAAGUACAGCUUUACAUCUCCUGAAUGGAUAGACAUUUCGGAGGAUCCCAAGGAUUUAAUUAGGAGAUGUCUGGUAGUUGAUCCAACCAAAAGAAUAACUGCAAGUGAUGCAUUAAAGCAUCCCUUUUUCAAUACUGUUUUAUUCGAGCAAGAUAUUGGACAUUUAAAGAGAAGUCUCUCUACAAGAUCAAGAAGAUUUAGUCGCAUAGCUGAUUUAGAGCUGUUACGCAAACAAAGCCAAUUUAACGCACGAAAAAAGUUUCAAUACGGUAUUUUAUGCGUGAGAGCAAUGGUUCGCAUUAAACGGCUAAAAUAUACAGCAGAACCACUUAACGUUGAAGAUGCAAUGCGAGAUCCUUAUAGAGUUAAAAUUCUACGAAAAGUUAUUGAUGGAUGUGCAUUUCGCGUGUAUGGCCAUUGGGUCAAGAAAGGCGAAGGACAGAAUCGUGCUGCAUUGUUUGAAAAUACUCCAAAGACGGAAUUACACUAUCUAUAUGUUAACAAUCUAAGUUAUUAAUAUAAACCUAUGUUUCAAAAUGAGCUCAUACUAUAAAAUAUGUAUAUUAUGUUAAAUAUACCUUUUCGUCAAACUUAUGCACACUCACUUAUCACACUUUCUGAGCAUAAUAAAAUAUUGGUAAAA